GGGGGGGGGGGUUCUAUCACGCUUUUCUUUCCCUGAGAAAAUUGCCUUGGCGAGAAAGAGGAGUUGAGCUAAUUGUAGCCUAAUCCCUGGCCCAGAGGCGCUCGGGCAGCCCGGAGCCACAUUCUUCUUCUUGAUCCCUUUCUCCUUAUUUUCUUCUACUUCUGGAGUCUUCUUCUUUUCUAGUCCCACUAAAACGACAGGAAGACUCAUUUAAAGAAGAAGGAAUAAGACGAGGGGGGAAGGAAGGACGGAAGCUCAUCUCCUCGAUGUUCAAGGAGGGGCGAAGCAUGUCGCGGCUCUCUCUGACCCGGUCCCCGGUCUCCCCCCUUGCCGCCCAGGGCAUCCCGCUGCCGGCGCAGCUCACCAAAGCCAACGCGCCCGUGCACAUCGACGUGGGCGGCCACAUGUACACCAGCAGCCUGGCCACGCUCACCAAGUACCCUGACUCAAGAAUUAGUCGCCUGUUCAACGGCACCGAGCCCAUCGUGCUGGACAGCUUGAAACAGCACUACUUCGUAGAUCGCGACGGUGAGAUAUUCCGCUACAUCCUCAGCUUCCUCAGGACCUGCAAGUUGCUGCUUCCUGAAGACUUUAAGGACUUCCAGCUACUGUACGAGGAGGCGCGCUACUACCAGCUGACGCCCAUGAUCAAGGAGCUGGAGCGCUGGAAGCAGGACCGCGAGCAGCGGCGCAUGGCGCAGCCCUGCGACUGCCUUGUGGUGCGCGUCACGCCCGACUUGGGUGAGCGAAUCGCCCUGAGCGGCGAGAAGGUCCUCAUCGAAGAGAUCUUCCCUGAGACGGGAGACGUCAUGUGCAACUCGGUCAACGCCGGUUGGAACCAGGACCCAACCCACGUCAUCCGUUUCCCCCUCAACGGCUACUGCAGGCUCAACUCCGUCCAGGUCCUGGAGCGUCUCUUCCAGAAAGGCUUCAGCGUGGCGGCGUCCUGCGGCGGCGGCGUGGACUCGUCGCAAUUCAGCGAGUACGUGUUGUGCCGUGAGGACCGGCGGAGUCUCUCCAUCAACACGCCCAUCAGGAUAAAACAGGAACCUCUGGACUAGAGACCCAGGGAAGGGACCGCCCGGCCAAAUCCACCGGGAAUCCCCGACCGCACACCCACGCCCUCAUAGCAGAGGCACGUCCAACCUUCUGAGGGGAAUGUAGACGCGGAAAAAAAAUAAUAAUUUAAACAAAGGUUUGGAAUUCUGCCCGAAGAGCAAACAAACACGUGAGCAGCUUAUUUGAACCUUUAGGACCACCGUGACGCCCGCGACCGAUCAUUAUGGAGGUUUCCUACUUGGAAGAAGACGGACACACGAAAAAAAUAAUAAUUUAAAGAAUGACUGGGAUUAUUUUCUAAUCCUUUCUCCAAUAUGAAGGACGUACAGUAUUGUGUUCGUUAUGUGGAGCUUGUUGGGAGGGAGGGUUUUUUGGUAGGAAGCGGCUGGCGAUGCAUUCCGGAUGGGGUCGCUUUUUCCAUUGUAUUCCCCCCCCCCUCCCACAAACACGGUCGGUUUAUGUUCUCCUUCAACAUAUCUCUAGAGGACUUUGAGUCACAGUUUUAAUGAAUGUUUUUCAAAAAGACGCCAAUAGUUUACCAGUACAUCUCGCCAAGGCAGGAGGCGUACUCUAAAUGUUCGGUAACGUUUGAUUAUUAUUAUUAUUUUUUUUUUUUUUUUUUUUUUUUGCACUUAAUCGUCUGCCACAGCAUGGUUCUGCUGUGUGCACAUGGACACAGGUAUUUUAGAAGUGUUUUUUUAAUUAGUUUUUAUUAUACAAGCACUAUAUUUAUCUUCCCCAACCAAAAAUACAAUACAUUGCUAAUCAAUGAAAAAAACAUGUAUCUCCACAUUUUUAUGAAAAUGAUAUAUAUUUUUUUUAUCGAAACAACAAAAUGAAAUUACUGUUUAAAAAACAAAAUGAGAUACAUGGAGGGUAUCAAUCAAAUUUUAUUAAUUUAUUUUACUUGACCCCCUAACAAAACAUGCAAUACAUUGCCCUCCAAUGAAAAACAUGUAUCACCAAAUUGUUUCCUUUUUAACCAAAAUAUAAAAAAUGGAUUGGCGAUACAUGCUUUUCAUUUGACACCAAUGAAAAAUAGCAAUAGUUUAUUUAUUUUUUCUUUAUAUUUGUUUCCAUAACAAAAAUAUAAAUAUUUGGCCAAUGAAAAACAUUUAUAUCCACCAUUUUGUCUUUUUUAAAUCAAAACAUGAAGAAAAAUAUUUUUCUGAUAAAAAAUGAAAUAUGUUAUAAAAUAAACUGGAGAGCCAUGAUUAAAAUAAUUCAAUUUUUAUUCUCAACAAAAAAGACAGUACAUUGCUGUCCAAUUAGGAGAUAGCAACACCUACUACUACAGCUAUAUAUAUAUAUAUAUAUAUAUAUAUAUAUAUAUAUAUAUAUAUAUAUAUAUAUAUAUAUAUAUAAUUAUUGGCCAAGUACAAGUACUGUAAAGCCAAGAGCAUCGCCAAAGAAACCGGUUUUGCCAAUCAAAAGGUGAAAGGCAGCUGCUUUGUCAAAAGCCACCUCAACAAAAACAACAAAAGCAAACUGAAGGAAAGGGAACUCAUUUGUGUAGUGAAAAAAAAUCACUCAAAAAAUACAUUCAAUUCAUUUAAAAUCUCAUUUGAAUUGAUUUAAAAUCAAUAAAUUUUAUUUAAAAAACAUUUUAAAAAGUACGUGUGUUCAUGUGGACAUGGCCCUUUCAAGUCAUUUUCAACUACACUGUAGGUACCAAAGCUGACAGGGUACGUAUUUUAUUGAUUGUACAAAGAUGUUUUUUUGUUUUGCUUCGUUUUUUUUUUUUUUUUUUUUUUUAACAAUGUGUUUAAAUAAAUAAAUAAAGGGGCACGUGCAGUGCUGGUUACAAAGAUCUCUCACUGACUUAACUGACUGACAGUCCACAAUAGAGCCACCAACUUUCCAUCUCGACGCAGAUUAGCUGAGGAGCGCCUUUUUUGGCAGAGAGCAUUUCUUUUCUUUUUCGGGGUGGUUGCGCUCCCCACAAAGAAGUGGUCGUGGGCGGGCCGUGUUUUCUCUCUAUCAAAGCUCGGGGUGCAUGCGUCAUGUUCCACAUGCUCUUUGUUGCUUUUCAAACACAUUGAUGGGAAAGAUUGGAUGUUUGUGGGUGCUUUAUAUAUAUAUAUAUAUAUAUAUAUAUAUAUAUAUAUAUAUAAACUGUCUUUUUUUCCGGAUUGGAAGAAAGAUGGUUGUGGCAUCGGCCUCCCACACUCCCAACAAAGCAGUACUGGCUCUUCUCCAUUGGGGGCGCUCAUAGAAUCAAACCACACUUGCGACGAGGAUUUUGGAGCUCACCAUGUUGGGUUCCUGCACCAGUGGAAAUAAAGACUCCCAAAAGAUUGCUCUGAGAACGAUUUUUUCCAGGGUUCAAUUUUAAUCCACUAAAGACGCUGUUUUCCUCUGGACGGGGUGUUAUUUAUUUGGUUUGGCAGCAAUAAACGCACCCCCUCGCAGCCCUCGGACCACUUGGAACCACAUGAGCACACCCAAUUAUCCGGACUUGUGUUUUUAACCAUUAAAAAAAGAAAAACCCUACAAAAAAAAAAAAAGAAUGAAAAGCAUCACAUUGUGUACAUAUGGACUGAGGCGUUUUAAAGGGUAUAAUAAUAAUAACAAUAAUAAUGUACAUAAUUUAAAGUGUUUAACAACAAUUAGACUGUGGUGUUAAAGGGCAUGUGUUAUUUUGCAGUGUCUUCUUCAUUUGACUUUUCUGGCAUAUUUGCAAUAAUAAAAGGAUGUUCUGUAUAGCCCUGUGUGUCUUCU